AGAGAAGAGGAAGAUUGUUAAUUAGGGUAGGCAUGGAAAGUACACUGAAAGGGAUGGGAGGGUAUGAUGAGUCUGUGCUUGAUUUGAAUGAUAAGGCUGGUGUGGGAGGUGGAGUUGGGGACAUCUAUGGUGAAGAUAAAGCCACUGAGGAUCAAUGCAUCACCCCUUGGACUUUCUCCGUGGCUAGUGGAUAUAGUUUGAUGCGCGAUCCACAUUACAAUAAAGGGCUUGCAUUCACUGACCAAGAGAGAGAUGCAUAUUACUUGCGCGGCCUCCUACCUCCUACUGUGAUGUCCCAGGAACUUCAGCUGAAGAAAGUGUUGCAAAAUCUUCGCUCAUAUGAAGUUCCAUUGCAAAGAUAUGUGGCCAUGAUGGAGCUUCAGGAGAGGAAUAGAAGGCUAUUUUAUAAACUUCUUAUUGAUAACGUCGAGGAACUACUUCCAAUUGUCUACACCCCGACAGUCGGUGAGGCUUGCCAGAAGUACGGAGGCAUUUUCAAUCGUCCUCAGGGCCUUUUUAUCAGUCUGAAAGAGAAAGGCAGGAUUCUUGAGGUGUUUAAAAACUGGCCCGAGAAGGGCAUACAGGUUAUCGUAGUAACUGAUGGCGAACGCAUAUUGGGACUUGGUGACCUUGGUUGUCAGGGGAUGGGAAUUCCUGUAGGAAAACUUUCUCUCUAUACUGCUCUUGGAGGAGUUCGUCCCUCAGUAUGCCUGCCUAUUACCAUCGAUGUAGGCACAAACAAUCAGAAGCUACUAGACGACGAGUUUUACAUUGGACUCAAGCAGAAAAGAGCAACCGGGCAGGAAUAUGCAGAACUAUUGGAGGAGUUCAUGUCUGCAGUUAAACAAAAUUACGGAGAAAAAAUUCUGAUACAAUUCGAAGACUUUGCAAACCACAAUGCUUUCGAUCUGCUGGCAAAGUAUCGUACUACACAUCUUGUGUUUAAUGAUGAUAUACAGGGAACGGCAUCUGUUGUCCUGGCUGGGCUCGUUUCAGCGUUGAAAGUAAUUGGCGGAUCGUUAAAAGACCAAACUUUCUUGUUCCUAGGUGCAGGAGAGGCUGGAACUGGAAUAGCCGAGCUUAUUGCACUUGAAAUUUCAAAGAAGUCAGGGACUCCGAUAGAUGAAGCUCGAAAAAAGAUUUGGCUUGUCGACUCAAAGGGACUGAUUGUGAGUUCUCGGUUAGAAUCGCUUCAGCAAUUCAAACGACCUUGGGCUCACGAACACGAGCCAGCCAAGGACCUCAUCGAGGCUGUCAAUGCAGUAAAGCCGACGGUUCUAAUAGGAACUUCGGGAGCUGGAAGAGCAUUUACCCAGGAAAUUGUGGAGACCAUGGCAUCACUCAACGAGAGACCUCUUAUCAUGGCUCUAUCGAAUCCGACUUCACAAGCAGAAUGUACUGCAGAAGAAGCUUAUACAUGGACCAAGGGUGCUGCAAUCUUUGCUAGUGGAAGUCCAUUUCAGCCUGUUGAAUAUGAAGGCAAGAAAUUUGUGCCAGGCCAGGCUAACAAUGCAUACAUAUUCCCGGGAUUUGGAUUAGGUCUGAUUAUGUCGGGCACAGUGCGCGUGCAUGACGACAUGCUUUUAACAGCAUCGGAAGCCUUGGCAGCGGAGGUGACAGAGGAAAACUACGCGGCAGGGCUAAUAUAUCCACCAUUCACUAAAAUCAGGAAGAUAUCAGCACAUAUUGCAGCCAAUGUAGCUGCAAAGUCAUAUGAACUCGGUCUUGCAACCCAUCUCCCUCGUCCAAAGGAUCUUGUUAAGUAUGCCGAGAGUUGCAUGUACGCCCCAGUCUAUCGUAACUAUCGCUGACCAGUGA